UGAUUGGAAAUAAUGAAAUUGUGAGUCUAUGAACCUCACAUAAUUUUGUAAUUUUCAAUUAAUUUUAACCUACAGAGAGUAUUAGAGAGUCUGUGUUGCUCGGACUCCUUACGUGCAUUUAACUGAAACAGACACUGCAUUCCUGUAUAUAAGAAUACAAAGCUGCAGUUUGGCAUUCAAGAUUUCAAGUUCCAUGAUGGCUGAUUCACUAUCGGUUAAUUUUGAUUCUUCAAUCAAGUCUGAAUUCUCCACCGAACAAGCACACAAAACUACCCAUGAGGCUAAACACUCUCCAUCUAACAUCCAAAAGGCUAUUGCUGAGGUUGUUGGUACAUACAUUCUUAUAUUUGCAGGAUGUGGAGCUGCUCUUGUAAAUGAGAAGUUGCCCCUUACAAUAGUAGGCAUAGCAAUGGUUUCGGGUCUAGGUCUAACGGUGGCUACAUAUUCUGUUGGCCAUGUCUCUGGUGGCCAUUUCAAUCCUGCAGUCACAAUUGCUUUGGCUGCUGUCAGAAAAGUUCAAUUUAAACUUGUGCCUAUUUAUGUGUUGUGCCAGAUGAUGGGUGCUACACUGGCCCCUCUCACCCUCAAAGUGUUGUAUCAUGACAAGGCGGAUAUUGGAGUAACAGUGACUAAAUACUUGAGCUCAACUUCUGAUCUAGAAGCAAUAGUGUGGGAAUUCAUCACCACAUCCAUACUAAUGCUCACCAUUCGCGGUGUUGCCACUGAUCACAGAGGGAGCAAAGAUCUCACUGGAGUUGCAAUAGGCAUUUCAGUUCUGAUUAACGUCAUCAUUGCCGGGCCUAUUACUGGAGCUUCAAUGAAUCCAGCAAGGAGUUUAGGUCCAGCUAUUGUAUCUGGUGAUUACAAAAACAUUUGGGUUUAUAUCAUAAGCCCAAUUCUUGGUGCAGUCUCAGCAAGUACACUUUACAAAUUCCUAGAAGUAAACAAACCAGUUAAACCCGAACCAUGCCAUUGUAACAUAUGCAAUCAUAAUCAUUUACCUUUCUAAUCCAUCAAACUAUAACCACUAGGGUCGGCCUAGUGGUGGGGGCAUUUGGAGUAGUAUGCAUGGAGUCUUAGUUCAAACUUCAUUAAGACCAUUGUACCCAGAAAAACCAUCAAACUAUACACUUCCAUGUACUUGAUCAAACUCUUUGAGGAUCUAUAAUCUCUAGUUAGCUUAAAAAUAAACAAUCCGAUUACUU